AUGCUAAACGGCUGUUUUGCCAAUUCGCAGCGGCAGGAGGGAGAGGAGAAACCAGAAGAGGAGGAUACAGAGAAGGAGGAUACAGGGGAGGAGGAGAAGGAGGAGGAGGAGGAGGAGGAGAAGGAGGAGGAGUUGGGGGCAAUUGAUGGUCGCGAGGAGGAGGAGGAUUACUGGGUGUGGGGCGAGCACAAGUUUCUUCAAGCCAGAGCGCGAGGGGUUAAGUGCGCCAGUGAUCUGCUUGCUGUGAUAGAGAGCAACGAGCUUGGGUUCGGCGGCUGGAUGUCAACCUCUUCUUUGCUCUCCUCUUCCUCCUUGCUUCACACCCCUCCAUCCACCCAUCACCAGGAUGUCAACCUCUUCUUUGCUCUCCUCUUCCUCCUUGCUUCACACCCCUCCAUCCACCCAUCACCAGGAUGUCAACCUCUUCUUUGCUCUCCUCUUCCUCCUUGCUUCACACCCCUCCAUCCACCCAUCACCAGGAUGUCAACCUCUUCUUUGCUCUCCUCUUCCUCCUUGCUUCACACCCCUCCAUCCACCCAUCACCAGGAUGUCAACCUCUUCUUUGCUCUCCUCUUCCUCCUUGCUUCACACCCCUCCAUCCACCCAUCACCAGGAUGUCAACCUCUUCUUUGCUCUCCUCUUCCUCCUUGCUUCACACCCCUCCAUCCACCCAUCACCAGGAUGUCAACCUCUUCUUUGCUCUCCUCUUCCUCCUUGCUUCACACCCCUCCAUCCACCCAUCACCAGGAUGUCAACCUCUUCUUUGCUCUCCUCUUCCUCCUUGCUUCACACCCCUCCAUCCACCCAUCACCAGGAUGUCAACCUCUUCUUUGCUCUCCUCUUCCUCCUUGCUUCACACCCCUCCAUCCACCCAUCACCAGGAUGUCAACCUCUUCUUUGCUCUCCUCUUCCUCCUUGCUUCACACCCCUCCAUCCACCCAUCACCAGGAUGUCAACCUCUUCUUUGCUCCUCUUCCUCCUUGCUUCACACCCCUCCAUCCACCCAUCACCAGGAUGUCAACCUCUUCUUUGCUCUCCUCUUCCUCCUUGCUUCGCACCCCUCCAUCCACCCAUCACCAGGAUGUCAACCUCUUCUUUGCUCUCCUCUUCCUCCUUGCUUCACACCCCUCCAUCUACCCAUCACCAGGAUGUCAACCUCUUCUUUGCUCUCCUCUUCCUCCUUGCUUCACACCCCUCCAUCCACCCAUCACCAGGAUGUCAACCUCUUCUUUGCUCUCCUCUUCCUCCUUGCUUCACACCCCUCCAUCCACCCAUCACCAGGAUGUCAACCUCUUCUUUGCUCUCCUCUUCCUCCUUGCUUCACACCCCUCCAUCCACCCAUCACCAGGAUGUCAACCUCUUCUUUGCUCUCCUCUUCCUCCUUGCUUCACACCCCUCCAUCCACCCAUCACCAGGAUGUCAACCUCUUCUUUGCUCUCCUCUUCCUCCUUGCUUCACACCCCUCCAUCCACCCAUCACCAGGAUGUCAACCUCUUCUUUGCUCUCCUCUUCCUCCUUGCUUCACACCCCUCCAUCCACCCAUCACCAGGAUGUCAACCUCUUCUUUGCUCUCCUCUUCCUCCUUGCUUCACACCCCUCCAUCCACCCAUCACCAGGAUGUCAACCUCUUCUUUGCUCUCCUCUUCCUCCUUGCUUCACACCCCUCCAUCCACCCAUCACCAGGAUGUCAACCUCUUCUUUUCUCUCCUCUUCCUCCUUGCUUCACACCCCUCCAUCCACCCAUCACCAGGAUGUCAACCUCUUCUUUUCUCUCCUCUUCCUCCUUGCUUCACACCCCUCCAUCCACCCAUCACCAGGAUGUCAACCUCUUCUGUGCUCUCCUCUUCCUCCUUGCUUCACACCCCUCCAUCCACCCAAGUGCAUGCCAAUCAGGCAAGUGCAUGCCAAUCAGGCAAGUGCAUGCCAAUCAGGCAAGUGCAUGCCAAUCAGGCAAGUGCAUGCCAAUCAGGCAAGUGCAUGCCAAUCAGGCAAGUGCAUGCCAAUCAGGCAAGUGCAUGCCAAUCAGGCAAGUGCAUGCCAAUCAGGCUGUGCAUGCCAAUCAGGCAAGUGCAUGCCAAUCAGGCAAGUGCAUGCCAAUCAGGCAAGUGCAUGCCAAUCAGGCUGUGCAUGCCAAUCAGGCAAGUGCAUGCCAAUCAGGCAAGUGCAUGCCAAUCAGGCAAGUGCAUGCCAAUCAGGCAAGUGCAUGCCAAUCAGGCAAGUGCAUGCCAAUCAGGCAAGUGCAUGCCAAUCAGGCAAGUGCAUGCCAAUCAGGCAAGUGCAUGCCAAUCAGGCAAGUGCAUGCCAAUCAGGCAAGUGCAUGCCAAUCAGGCAAGUGCAUGCCAAUCAGGCAAGUGCAUGCCAAUCAGGCAAGUGCAUGCCAAUCAGGCAAGUGCAUGCCAAUCAGGCAAGUGCAUGCCAAUCAGGCAAGUGCAUGCCAAUCAGGCAAGUGCAUGCCAAUCAGGCUGUGCAUGCCAAUCAGGCAAGUGCAUGCCAAUCAGGCAAGUGCAUGCCAAUCAGGCAAGUGCAUGCCAAUCAGGCUAG